AUGAAGCUCUCUAAAGUGUCCAUAGAUAAAGAUGCUGCCAACUUGGCCAAUAUGGGCUAUAAGCAGGAGUUUUCUAGAAACUACGAUUUCCUAUCGACGUUUUCGUUCGCUCUUUCCAUCUCCGGUUUAAUGGGAACCAUAUCCAUCACAUAUCUUUACCCUUUGUGGUCAGGAGGUCCUGCUGCAGGUGUUUGGUGCUGGUUCAUUGGCUCUCUAGGAUGUCUUUGUAUAGCCUGGUCUGUGGCUGAAAUAACGUCAUGUUUCCCUACUUCCGGUGGAAUGUACUACGUUAUCACUCAUGUCGUUCCUAAGAAAUACGUUCCUUUACUCUGCUGGAUUGAUGGAUGGCUCUAUUUUACCGGGGCUUUGGCUGGUGCUUGUUCUACUGAUUUUGGUGCUUCUACUUUGCUCUUACAGACCAUUGCUAUGCAUACAGAUUACAGCUACAUUCCUACCAGAGGACAUAUUACGGCUGUGACUAUCUUGGUCAUUAUCUCGCAUGCUCUUAUCAACUCUCUACCGGGAGAGGCCUUGUCUAAAGUCACCAAAUACUACUGUAUCGUCAAUAUCGGUACCACUUUGGCUCUUAUAAUCACUCUUUUGAUCAAAUGUCCUCAGAUUAAUACGGCCAAAUUCACUUUCACCACUGUAAUCAACAAUACCGGUUGGUCUUCCGAUGGUUGGGCCUUUUUAUUUGGAUUUUUACAGGUUUCUUGGGUCAUGACGUGUUAUGAUGCCACUUCAAGAAUGUCUGAGGAGGUUAGAGACGCUGCCUACAGAACUCCUUUGGCUAUUGCUACUGCUCUUACCACUACCGCUGUUCUUGGCUGGAUCUUGUGUAUUGCUAUUACUCUUACUAUGGGUACUAACGUCACAGAAAUCCUUAACGGUGUCUCUGGACAGCCAAUUGUCGAGAUUUAUCAGUAUGCAAUGGGUAAAACCGGUGCGACUGCAUUCUUGGCAUUGGCCUUUGUCAUCAACUGGUUCACGGGUGCCGUGGCUAUGUGCUAUACCUCUCGUUCUCUAUGGUCCUUUUCUAGAGAUAAGGGUUUACCAUACUCUAAAUUCUGGUACCAUCUAACGGAGAAGACAGGCGUCCCUACUCGUUGUGUUUGGCUUGUCUGUAUAAUCAACUCUCUUCUUACGCUCAUUAAUUUGGGCUCUACUAUUGCCAUGAAUGCGGUGUUUUCUGCUUGUGCCAUCUGUACCGACUGGUCCUACAUCCUAGUUAUUGGAGCCUUUGCACUUAACGACAAAAAGAUGGGUGUUGUUAGAGGCCCAUUUCAUAUGGGAAGAGUCAGUCCCUACGUCAUGUACUAUGGCUGUGUUUGGACGGUGUUUGUGUCGAUCGUUUUUGUUUUCCCCAACUAUAUGCCUGUUACCAAGGAAGAUAUGAACUAUACAGUGGUCAUUCUUGGUGCAGUGUUUAUUCUCGCAGGUGGCUGGUACGCUUUCGAUGCUAAACACUGGUAUAGAGGUCCUGUUUCUAACGUUGAUGCUGAAUACACCACGGAAAUUCACCAGAUGUUCAGUAAGGGGGAGCAGAGUUCUUCUGAUACAUUCGGAAAUGAACUGAGCAGAGAGCAUAAGAAGGGUUCUGUCAAGGUGGAUAAUGUCAGUGUUAGUUCUGUUACCGCAAGCGAAUAG